CUUGCUUUAAAAUAGGAGAAUGUUAGAUCUUUUACGAAGUAAUGAAUCAGCUUUACGUUUUAUGCUUUAAGUAAAAAACAUCUAAUUCAGCUGAUCGAACAAUAUAAGCCUUUAAGCUUCAUCAAAACGCACCAUGAGCGAAAGGCCAAAGGCGUACCUUACUCAGAAAAUCCCAGUGGACGGGACGGGGCUUACCCAAUUGCAGGCGGUAUGUGAUGUGAAUAUGUAUGACGAAGUUGAGGGCGGUCAGAUUUCCGUGUCCCGGGAACGCCUGCUGAAGGACGUCGUCGGCGCUAACGCCCUCAUUCUCCCCUACCCCGUCAAAGUGGACGCAGAAUUGCUAGAUGCUGCAGGUUCACAACUGAAGGUGAUUGCCACUGUAUCAGUGGGACUCGACCAUAUCGAUCUUAAGGAGUGUGCCCGUCGGCGCAUCCCCGUCGGAUAUACUCCUGACGUACUCACUGACGCCGUCGCUGAGGGAACAAUUGGCCUUACUCUUGCCACUGCUCGCAGACACAAAGAAGGUGUACAGGCUGUAUCUGGUGGCUCGUGGGGAAGCACGUGGGACAGCUGCCUCUACCUGUGUGGCCAGGAGCUCCGGGGCGCUACCGUCGGCAUCGUAGGACUCGGUCGGAUCGGACUCGGGGUCGCACGUCGGCUGAGGGCGUUCAGUAUCGGGCGUCUCAUGUACUGUGGCAGAUCGCCCAAGGAUUACGCCGGCGAAGUUGAAGCGGAAUAUGUGUCCUUUGACCAGCUUCUGGAAAACUCAGACUUUGUGAUCGCCUGUUGUUCAGUCAAUCCCAGUAACCACAAUCUGUUUGACGCCGCUGCAUUCAAAAAGAUGAAGAAAAGCGCAAUUCUUAUCAACACGUCACGGGGAAUACUUGUUGAUCAAGAUGCUCUUUACGAUGCCCUAUCUUCCGGUGAAAUCUUACGAGCUGGUCUCGAUGUGACGUCACCGGAACCGUUUCCCCCGGACCAUCGGCUCUUGACGUUGCCGAACUGCCUGGUUCUUCCUCACCUAGGAAGCGCAUCAAUGAGGGCUAGGCACGCCAUGGUGGACCUUGCGGUGAGGAACACGCUUGCAGGGCUGCGCGGGGAGCCGCUUGAAACACCUGUCCCUAUAUGAUCAUGUUUCGGUUAUGAUAAACGCAACAUUGCUUUAUAUACAUGUACUUAUGGGACAUAUACUAGUAUAAUAUACUGAUGAUGUAAAAAAGUAAUUUUGUCGACUGGUAUUAUGUCGGCUCGGAGAUUUCUAACAGUAAGUUUGGUCAAAAUAGUGAAGACUUGUUUAAUUAUUGACACAGGAUGUUGUUUUGCUUUUUGUCAAGUCGAAAAAGUGUUUGCAAUGUAGUAAUAUUUCUUGAAAAUAAAGUCUGCAUAUCUA